AUGGACAAAAUCACCGACGCUUUCGCGCAAAAGCUGAGCACGAGCCGACCAAGCCGGACAGAACCACACAUGAUCAACGAGGGCAAUAAGCAAUCAACUCGAGAUCAGCCUACAAGUGUCGAGUCGGGGUCCAGGUCGUCUGGCUUACAGCCCAAGCCCUACGAAACUAUCAACAUCUUGUCUCCCAACUUUUCAGAGCUUAUGCCUCAUACGAACUACGAAUCUCUAGCGAUAAGACGACAAAAAGCGGUACCAGACCAGAUUGACGUGUCAAUUCAGCAUCGAAGCGCCACAAAACCACAAAGACGACAGAUGGAACAGGUUGACGUAGCCGUCUCACCGUUGAGUGUAAACCUUUCUAUCAAGAAGAACACUAACGAUAGACCACCCUCGUCUUCUUAUUCCUCUCAUGGCAUGGAGCUACAGUCUCCCAGGCCGUUAAACAUACCAAAGCAGAGAAGAAGUCAGCAGCGACACGGCAACGAUGGAAUGAUAGACAUCUUUAACGAAUGGACGCAGAUCUAUAGGUCUGGCGUAUCACCACUUUCUCCUGAGCCAGUCAGGCCACGUGUCAUUAAGACUUAUCAUCCGAGAAGGUCCAAGAGUCUAGCAAACGGCAUAAGGAGACAGCAGAGUCCCGUGGUAAUGUCACGAGACCCUGAAUUAGGGCGACAGACAUAUUACCCCCCCGACAUGGUCUCCGAGAGUCCAAUGUUUUCGCCCUUGUCACUUUAUUUCCGAGGGCAAGACUUUCCCACUGUAAAACAAGGCGGAAAGACGCUGAUUGGCAAUAAUGGUUGGCUUGAGAAAACUGGACAAGAUGGCUUUGGGCUAGAGGGAGCCAGCAAGUCAGCUCAGAAGAAAAUCGGAAUCUUUGACAGCAUCAAAAAAAUUGCCAAAGACAUGACUGAACUCCAUCAUCCACAUCGUCGACUUCCACAUGCCAAGGCCUCUGGUGCACAGCUUCUUAUAUCUCUUAAUCCAAGAGAGCAGAGCCUGCUCUAUUGCGAGUUAGAGUAUCACCUCACUUGUGCUUUGAACAACUACAUAUCCCGUGAGCUCGAAAAGGGCCGCCUCGUACCUACCAACUUCAAAAAGAUUACCGACGCAUGGUACCAACAAGGCCGGCCGCGUGUGGUCGGAUUUCGCUUCGACCUGGAGACGCAAGUCGACCUCGUGGCGCUACACGUCAACGAGUUCACUUUUUGCGGCCGCCGUCAGUGCAACCCGGUUGAGAUAAGCAGCCUUCUGCACGCGGUAAAGGUCAACGCGCGUGCGAUGCGCAUCCGUACCUUUUGUCAGCCCGACUCGGUCAUCGCGAAGCAGCUGGCAGACAGCCAGUCUCUGUUUGACAUGAUUGGGGCUGCAGAAGACGCAAGCAGAGCUUUGUCAGAGAUUUUUCACUUUUUCAAAGUCAUUUGUGAGCGAGAGCACAAGGUCCUGCAGCAGCGGCAAAAGGAGCAUGGGCAGACUACCAGCGUUGGCGCCGCGUCACCCUUAGCAAAGAAGAAUAUGCAUCGCUUGUUACGUACAGCUGACUAG